CCCCACGCUGUCUGCUUGGCAUCGAGGACAGGACAUCGUCACCCACCAGCCGGCAAAAUGUGCAAAGGACUAGCUGCCUUGCCCCACACAUGUCUGGAGAGGGCCAAGGAGAUCAAGAGCAAGUUGGGGAUACUCCUCCAGAAGCCCGACUCUGCUAUUGACCUGAUCAUCCCUUACCCAGAGAAGCCAGAAAAGCCAGCAAAGGUUCAGAAGCCUUCUCCCGAGGAAGCCUGGCAGUGGCAUAACUCUCUGGAGAAACUCCUUCAAAAUCCCUAUGGGCUGGCCAGCUUCCGGAACUUUCUCCAGUCUGAGUUCAGCGAGGAGAACAUUGAGUUCUGGAUCGCUUGUGAAGAUUAUAAGAGAAUCAAAUUUCCUGCCCAAAUGGCCCAGAAGGCCAAGAAAAUCUAUGAGGAGUAUAUCCAAAGCGAGGCUCCCAAAGAGGUGAACAUUGACCAUUUCACCAAAUCUGUGACUAUGAAGAACUUGGUGGAGCCAUCUGUGAGCACCUUUGACCUGGCCCAGAAGAGAAUCUUCACACUGAUGGAGAAGGAUUCCCUGCCCAGAUAUGUGCGCUCAAAUAUAUAUCAAGAGUUAAUCAAGUAGCAAUGAUGCAGAGGUGUGCGAGGCAUUGGCACUCCCAGCUCUAAGCAGGGUC